UUGUAGCUUGCGUUAUAACGGGAAAGGACGUCAAAAUGUGGAGGUCUUUGGUAAUAUCCUGGUUUGUGCUGAUGUAUUGGAGAUCGGGAAUUCAAGCAGCGGAAAUACGAUGUAAUCGUCCAAAUGAGCACUACGAGUGUGGCAGUUCGUGUCAAACAACUUGUGCCAAGCUGGGCACCGCGUGCCCCAUUGUCAACAAUCGAUGCAAAGAUGACUGUUACUGUAAUGAGAACUAUGCAAGAGACGCCAACGGGACCUGCAUACCUGAAGCACAAUGUCCACAAAAUUCGACAAGAACACGAAGAACUCGACAAGUUUUACAAUGUAAUCGUCCAAAUGAGCACUACGAGUGUGGCAGUUCGUGUCAAACAACUUGUGCCACGCUGGGCACCGCGUGCCCCAUUGUCAACAUUCGAUGCAAAGAUGACUGUUACUGUAAUGAGAACUAUGCAAGAGACGCCAACGGGACCUGCAUACCUGAAGCACAAUGUCCACCAAAAUCGACAAGAGUAGCAACAACUCGCCGCCGAUCUUGCCCAUCAAACUCCCGCAGAACUGGCCGGUCUAGUAAAUGACAUGACGACACUCUACUUUAUUCUGCAGGGUAUAAUACGUUUACAAGAUUAAUUUAUUGUUAAAUACCGUCGACUAGUUGAAACUGCGUUCUAUCACAAAUCAUUUUUAUCUCACAAUUUUCUUGCAAUUUUGCAUCUUUAUAGUUAAUUGAUGUAAAAGCUAAUGCUACGUCCUACGUGAGCGAUCUAGAAGCAAAUGUGAAGCGGUGUCGCGCGGACGCGAUUAGUUAGUUUAAUAUUUUCGUGCAAACUAUCAUAUUUGGAUGUGGUGCUGUCAAGUUUUUGUUUGGUUAUAAUGACGGAAACAAAAAUGAAAAGAAACGAGUCGCAUGCACGUGCCUACUCCGUCGCACUGCAUCGCAUGGAGUUUGCUUAUCAUCGCUUUAUAAUUGCGUUCGCUUUUAAAUCGAUCAGGGAGUGGUGAUUCUCCAAAAAAAAAACAAAAAAUUAACGGCGUCAUUAUCCUUAAGCCACAGUUAACAAU